AUGGCGCUCCCUGGACGCAUGUGCGAGCGGCCACAUAUGUUGGGUGCCGCUCCCAUUCCCCCUCACCACGCACCCCCACACGGUGCAGUGAAGGUGCAGAACGGUCGCGGCCCCGUAGACCCACGAGCGGGCUUUGCGAAUGGAGUGAACGGUGGUGGCGUGAAAACGGCUCAUUACCAGAACGUACGUUGCAUGCCACCAAGCGCGGUGCAGAAUCAGAGCGCCACAGCGGAUAUCACGCUAAAUAGCACAUACAUACAGUUGCCGAUUGUGCCGCGGCCGCCCAACAAGAUACGCCCGCAGUCGCACGAUACCUCUGUGCCGCCGCGGGGCAUUCCGCCGCUUGCCAACGGCCAGGUGUACAAUGGUGGAAUGAUGCGCGGUGGUGUGAACGGCAUGCGACCAGGUACAAACGGCAUUUGGCCAGGCGUAGACGGCAUGCGACCAGGUGCAAACGGCAUGUGGCCAGGCGUAGACGGCAUGCGACCAGGCACAAACGGCAUCCAGCCAGGCGUAGACGGCAUGCGACCAGGUGCAAACGGUAUGCAGCCAGGCGUAGACGGCAUGCGACCACCGCCUGCACCGCCCGGUUCGGGGCCGGCUUCCGGGCGCCGGCCGGGGAACUGUAUCAUAUCCCCAGUCACCGGGCGGCCAGUGGUGGCGCGCGGCCCGCAGCCGAACUCUGUGGAGCCAACGCGGACGAGGAAUGGCAGGAACAAGCCGGGUGGAGACCGCGAGCACCGGCGGCGGCGGCAGCGAGAUCCAUCGCAGGAGGCGUGGGUUGCCGGGCUCGUGCACACGAAGCGCGUUGACUCACCAGUCGUUUCACCGCUGCGUGAUCGGCAGCCCCUCCUCAUGAUGCAGAAUAUGGCACAUGGCUACGGUGCUGCCAGACCAUCGAGGUUCGUGAAUGCUUUUAGGAGACUCUUUGGGUGA